GAGAGAGAGAGAGAGAGAGAGAGAGAUUCUUUGACACCUCUCCAAUCAGAAUCCAGCCACCUGCCUGCAGAGCUAGGACCUCUCUCCUCAGCACCAUUGGUACUGAACCUUCAGGGAAGGACACUGUAGGGCCUUAGUGCUUUCCUGGCCACACCCCACCUCAUCAUCCCAUGGCUAAGGAUAGCUAGUGUCCGAAUGGGAACUGGUGUACGCUGCAGAUGAAUCACCCAGGCAGAACUUGCCCUGGGGGCCAUACUAGUGAGUGUUGGGACUUGACAGUGACCCAGGGUUCGAAUGCCUCUGGUCUUCCCUGUGGGACUGAAGAUCUCAAUGCUGCAGAUGGGGCACAGCAGGGAGUUUCUCCAUCAUAUUUCUGUGGUUCAGUGGGGGCUGUCCCUUCUGGAUAUGCAGAAGCCCUAUGGUGGGGUAGAACAGGACUUGGCAGAAGAAGGAGAGAUAGGGUCCCUUUGGGCAUCCCCAGCUUAACCCCAGGUCCUGACUUGUCCUUACUGCAGCCAAACUUCUGACGUAAUUCAGCCACUUGUUCCCUGAGAGAAGUUUAGUGAGCAUAUACUUAAGGAAUGAAGCAAAUGAGAAAUGGGGGGAGGAGGGAUACAGCACCCAGGAGCUUGAGCAGGAACAUCCUGGACCAGGAGGGAGCAGCAAAGCAGAGUCCCCAGGCAGCCAGGAAGGCAGAGCCAUGAGCUACCAGAUCCUGAUACUCCUGGCCAUGCUGACCCUGGGCCUGGCUAUCUCUCAGCGCCGAGACCAAGUGCCCUGUAGGACGGUGAACAAGGAGGCCUUGUGCCACGGCCUCAGCCUGCUUCAGGUCCCCUCGGUGCUCUCAUUGGACAUCCAAGCUCUCUACUUGUCCGGGAACCGGCUGCAGAGCAUCCUGGUCUCCCCGUUGAGCUUCUAUACAGCACUUCGCCACCUGGAUUUAAGUGACAACGAGAUUAGCUUCCUCCAGCCGGGGGUCUUCCAGGCCCUGCCCUACCUGGAGCACCUCAACCUGGCCCACAACCGGCUUGCCGCGGGCAUGGCAUUGAACAGUGGUGGUCUGGGCCGCUUGCCCCUUGUGGUCUCCCUGGACCUGUCUGGGAACAGCCUGCAUGGCAGUCUGGUGGAGCGGCUGUUGGGUGAGGCUCCGAGGCUGCGCACGCUCUCCCUGGCAGAGAACAGCCUCACUCGCCUGGCACGCCACACCUUCUGGGGUAUGCCAGCCAUGGAGCAACUGGACCUUCACAGCAACGUCCUGAUGGACAUUGAGGAUGGUGCCUUUGAGGCCCUGCCCCAGCUGACUCACCUCAAUCUCUCCCGCAACUCCCUCACGUGCAUCUCGGACUUCAGCCUCCAGCAGCUGCAGGUACUUGACCUGAGCUGCAACAGCAUUGAGACCUUCCAGACGGCCCCAGAAUCACAGGCCCAGUUCCAGCUGGCCUGGCUUGACCUACGGGAGAACAAGCUGCUCCACUUCCCUGACCUGGCCAUGUUCCCCAGACUCAUCUACCUGAAUGUGUCUAACAACCUCAUCCAGCUCCCUACAGGGCUGCCCCAGGACAGCGAGGACCUCCAUGCACCGUCGGAAGGCUGGUCAGCCUCUCUACUGUCCAACCCCAGUCGGAAUGCCAGCAUCCACCCCCUCUCCCAGCUCCUAAACCUGGACCUGAGUUACAAUGAGAUUGAAUUGGUCCCUGCUGGCUUUCUUGAGCAUCUGACCUCCCUGCGCUUCCUCAACCUCAGCAGAAACUGUCUUCGAUCCUUUGAGGCUCGGCGAGCGGGCUCCCUGCCCUGCCUGGUACUUCUGGACUUGAGCCACAAUGUGCUGGAAGCGUUAGAACUGGGUACCAAAGUCCUGGGGUCCCUGAAGACAUUGCUUCUGCAGGACAACACCUUGCGAGAACUUCCACCCUACACCUUUGCUGGCCUGGCCAGCCUGCAGAGGCUCAACCUACAGGGAAACCAGGUCAGCCCCUGUGGGGGACAAGCAGAGCCAGGUCCCCCAGGCUGUGUGGACUUCUCUGGGAUCCCCACCCUCCAUUUUCUUAACAUGGCGGGGAACUCGAUGGAAACACUCAGGGCAGGCAGCUUCCUCCACACCCCACUUACUGAGCUGGACCUCUCUGCCAAUCCUGGUCUGGAUGUGGCCACGGGAGCCUUGGUGGGCCUGGAGGCAUCCUUGGAGGUCCUGGAGCUUCAAGGCAACGGGCUGGUGGUACUGAGAGUAGACUUGCCCUGCUUCCGUCGUCUCAAGCGCCUUAACCUUGCUGAGAACCGCUUAAGCCACCUGCCUGCUUGGACACGGGCUGUGUCCCUGGAGGUGCUGGAUCUGCGGAACAACAGCUUCAGCCUCUUGCCGGGCAAUGCCAUGGGUGGCCUGGAGACCAGUCUCCGGCGGCUGUACUUGCAGGGAAAUCCACUCAGCUGCUGCGGCAAUGGCUGGCUGGCGGCCCAGUUGCACCAGGGCCGAGUGGAUGUGGACGCCACUCAGGACCUCAUCUGCCGCUUCGGCUCCCAGGAGGAGGUGUCCCUGAGCCUAGUGCGUCCAGAGGACUGUGAGAAGGGGGGGCUGAAGAAUGUCAACCUCAUCAUCAUCCUUAGCUUCACACUGGUCUCCGCCAUAGUCCUUACCACGCUGGCCACCUGCUGCUUCCUCCGCAGGCAGAAGCUCAGCCAACAGUACAAAGCCUGAUGGGGCUGGGGGAGCCUCUUCCCACUCCCUGAGGAAGCCAGAGGGGCAGGGAAGCUGGGGUCCAACUCAGGUUACACAGUGGCCAGGGACUUGGUGUCCCACACACUGCCACGUGGACUACAUACGUGGUCCAGCUGUGGCGCUCAAAGUGGGACAGUUCACUGAACAGGGGAUGCCAAUAGCUCUCCACUGAGCAUGUUUCAGGCCACACCCAUCUCCGAGUACUAGUAAGUGAAACACGUGCCUAUCCUCUGGCAAGAGAGGCUGUCACAGAACCACACAGUGACCCCGUCGUAUGAUGGGCUUGAGGUGGGGAGGCGAUGGGCCCCCAGACCCUGCAGCCCCCAGCUGGUCAUGGAGAACCAUCCUGACUGGCCCGUGAGACUGGCCCGUGAGAGGAUCUGUCUGAGCCUUUUCCACCCAGAGCUCUGUCGCAUCUGCCGAUAAUGACUUUCAGCCUCUCUGGAAAUGAAGAACUUGUGACCUGAAGAGAGAGCCAGAACUCACCCAGAGGUCUUAAAUCUAGCCUCCUGGGCUAGACUGCAGCUCCACAGAACCAGCUUCAAGUGUGGUCACCUAGGCUUCCACGAGGGCCCGGGCCAUCCUGUAGCCUGCCUCUGACAGGCCUUUCUCUCCAGCACGCUCUUCUACACACACACUGACCCUGGUGCUGCCUGUUCCCCAAGCCCCUGCUCAGGCCUCCUUCCAUCCCGGCCCCACCCUGGCUUUUGAGCCAAGAGAGGGAGAGCCUCAGCAAUCUGGUUCUGCUUUGUGCUCAACUUAGCAGCUGCAGAGGCAAAUUCAAGCCAACUCUCAGAGGUUUCCAUGUUAUCUGGGUUACACACAAGAAGAAAACAAGGUUCCUUACGUGUCUCCUCUGAGAGCCUCGUGGCUGAGAGAGAUGCCGAAGCCAGAAAUGAGUCAAGUCCAUGCCCUCCCACCUCUGGGGCCGAGGCCUCGCCAGUGCGGUGCCUGUAGGCUGUCAAGUGGACAGGAAGGGGCCCUACCCUAACCAGGAUCCAAGCAUACCUGCUGCGUAUACCCACUCCCUCUCAGACAGGCACCCACAGACCCUCUGUCUCCCUGCCUCAGUGACCCUUCUCUGUAGAAGAGUAUGAAUUCUUCCUUCUCUUCUUGCUUCCCAAAUCUCAUCCCUGGAGUUUGAAACCAUUGGCUGUAAUCUCCCCACUGAACAAAUAGGGAAACUUAGGUGCAGGGCCUUGCUCAGAAUCACACAAGUCAGUGGAAGAAACCGUGGGGGGGGGAUGCAGCUGCAGCUGCAGGGGGUUUGCUUUGUUUGCUCAAAGCCCUGAGCCCCAUGCCUGCAUUUCCCUCCUCUCAACAGUCACAGCAAGGCCGGCUAUCAUUCCAGUCCUCACCAGGCAUGGGAAAUAAGAGGGUAGAACCCCCCCCAACACACACCCGAGACACACACACACACACACACACACACACACACACACACACACACCACUCACUCUCCAGACCCAUGGGCUUCAGGGAGAAAGGGGAGCCCUGGGUCCAGUCACAGAGCUUCCAUCAUCAGCUCCUCUGUGCUCCGCCCACAGGCUGCCACAGCAUCAGUAACCGUCCAAGAAGAUGAAAACACCACUCUCUGCCCCACUCUACAGGGGAGGGAACUGAGGCCCAGAGAAGGUUAAAGGCUCAGAGAACCGAUGGGCAGAUCCGGGGCUAGAACCCUCACUGGGAUAGCUCAUGGCACUAGGUGCUGCUGCACACGGCACUCCUCGGCCUGGAGGCCAAGGCCUGGCCCCUGUGCCCGAGCUCUGAAAACACUAUAUCAAUGCUGCUCUCACUUCCCAGGACUGGCCUCCACCAGGCCCUGGGACCUGCUCUUUGUAUAACUCACAUGAAUGUAUUAAAGUAUAAUUUUGGAGAA